UUUACUUUUUACUGUUUUGGCUUUGUUUUCCAAUUCUUCCAUGGAAUUAGAAAUCACAGUGUAGAGAAAGAGAGAGCGAGAGAGAGAGAGAGAGAUGGAAGCUGUGGCGGAGGGACUGUGGGGACUAGCAGACCACCACGAGAGGAAGGGAGAGAUAGCGAAGGCGGUGAAGUGCCUGGAAGCUAUUUGCCAGAGCCACGUGUCCUUCUUCCCAAUCGUCGAGGUCAAGACUCGUCUCCGCAUCGCCACUCUGCUCCUCAAGCAUUCUUACAACGUCAAUCACGCAAAGUCUCACCUCGAACGCGCUCAGCUCCUCUUGAAAUCCAUCCCUUCUUGCUUCGAUUUGAAGUUCAGAGCUUAUAGCUUGCUCAGCCAGUGUUACCAUCUCGUCGGUGCUAUUCCUCCUCAGAAGCAGAUCCUUCAUAAGGCUCUCGACCUAACUGCUUCUGCUGGAAACGAGAUUGCAGUGAAAUUAUGGUGUUGCAACUUCAAUUCGCAGCUUGCAAAUGCUCUCAUAAUCGAAGGAGACUAUCCCAAUUCAAUCUCUGCACUGCAGUGCGGUUUUCUUUGUGCAGCUCAAAUAUGUUAUCCAGAGUUGCAGAUGUUUUUUGCAACUUCAAUCCUGCAUGUGCACCUCAUGCAAUGGGAAGAUCCAAAUCUGGUUGAGGGAGCUGUUAACAAAUGUGAUCAGGUCUGGGAGUCCAUUGCGCCAGAAAAAAGACAACAUUGCCUUGGUUUACUCUUUUACAAUGAGCUGCUGCACAUAUUUUAUCGGCUUCGGAUCUGUGACUACAAGAAUGCUGCACAGCAUAUAGACAUUUUGGAUACUGCUAUGAAGGCUGAUUUGCAGCAAACACAGCAUGUACAGGAGCUGACGAAGGAACUUGAUGCCUUGAAUCAAAGUCUCUCCCGGUCCGAUCUCCACUACAGGGAUAGGUCUGCUCUGUCUGAAAAACAAGCUUUGCUUCAGGAGAGAUUAAGUAGUAUGACAAGAUUUAGUAAUUCAAGUAGAAAAGAUUUUCUGGAACCAGCAUAUUUUGGUAAUGUGAGACGAACAUCUGGAGAUAAGCUUGAGUUGGCACCUCCACCAAUUGAUGGGGAGUGGCUACCUAAAAGUGCUGUCUAUGCUUUAGUUGAUCUAAUGGUGGUCAUCUUUGGGCGUCCAAAAGGACUUUUUAAGGAGUGUGGAAAACGUAUUCAAUCUGGAAUGCAUACCAUACAAGAAGAACUGGUUAAGCUUGGAAUAACUGACGGUGUGAGAGAGGUGAAUCUGCAGCACUCUGCAAUCUGGAUGGCUGGUGUAUAUUUAAUGCUACUAAUGCAGUUCCUUGAAAACAAAGUUGCGGUGGACCUAACUAGGUCGGAGUUUGUUGAAGCACAAGAGGCACUGGUGCAGAUGAAAAACUGGUUUAUACGCUUCCCUACAAUUUUACAGGCUUGUGAGAGCGUAAUUGAGAUGCUUAGGGGGCAGUAUGCUCAUUGUUUUGGCUGUUAUAGUGAAGCAGCUUUCCAUUAUAUUGAAGCAGCAAGGCUCACGGAGAACAAAUCAAUGCAAGCCAUUUGCCAAGUUUAUGCAGCUGUCUCUUAUAUCUGCAUUGGUGAUGCAGAAUCCUCUUCGCAGGCACUUGAUUUGAUUGGACCAGUUUACAGGAUGAUGGAUUCUUUUGUAGGAGUUCGAGAGAAAACUGGUGUCCUUUUUGCUUAUGGACUUUUAUUGAUGAAACAACAUGAUCUACAGGAAGCAAGAAACCGACUGGCCAAAGGUUUGCAGUUGACACAUAAUCAUCUGGGAAACCUUCAACUUGUUGCACAGUAUUUGACAAUCCUUGGAAGUUUGGCACUAGCCUUACAUGACACUGUACAGGCUAGAGAGAUCUUGAGAUCAUCCUUAACAUUGGCAAAGAAGCUUUAUGAUGUCCCAACUCAGAUCUGGGUGCUCUCUGUGUUGACGACUUUGUAUCAAGAAUUGGGUGAGAGGGGAAAUGAAAUGGAGAAUAUUGACUAUCAGAGGAAAAAGAUGGAUGAUCUGCAAAAGAGGCUUGCUGAUGCACUUUCAUCCAUUCAUCACAUUGAACUAAUUGACAAAGUGAAGCUUCAAGUCCAACAAUUUCAUGAGGUUGACAUCAAACGUGCAAUUGCUGGUCCAUCCAUGAGUAUUAAUCUUGACAUCCCAGAAUCUAUUGGUUUGUCUGCGCCAUUACCGGGUUCUUCAACGUCAAGGCUAGUGGAUUUAGACAUAGGAAGACUUGGGAAGAGGAAAAUUUAGUUUCUGAUUUGUACAGGUUCCACUUCCUCCCCUUUCACUUUUUAUAAGCAAAAGAAAAUGAUAGCUUAGGAGGAGAUUGAAGGUUGGCCAAUUCAAUGUGUUAUAGAGUAGGAAGUCCCACAGAACAAUGCGCAUUCAACUUUGUUGUACAGUAGAAAGUCCAGCAAAAGAUUGUCUCUAGCAUCUUUAGGGAUGUUGUAUAGUUCUUAACUAUAAAUAUAUUAUCAUUCGUUAAUAUUGCCAUA